CGUUCAGCCCCUCCCCUCACGCACGCCCGGCCCAUACCCGGGUUCCGCUACACUCGCGAACCUUAACCUCGAUCCCGAGCUUGCAGACAUGGCGAACCAGGUGAUCAAGUGUAAGGCUGCAGUCGCCUGGGAGGCCGGAAAGCCCCUCUCCAUAGAGGAGAUAGAAGUGGCCCCUCCAAAGGCUCAUGAAGUUCGAAUUAAGAUCAUUGCCACUGCGGUCUGCCACACUGAUGCCUAUACCCUGAGCGGAGCCGAUCCUGAGGGGUGCUUCCCAGUGAUCUUGGGACAUGAAGGUGCUGGAAUUGUGGAAAGUGUUGGCGAAGGGGUAACUAAGCUGAAGGCAGGGGACACUGUCAUCCCGCUCUACAUACCACAGUGUGGAGAAUGCAAGUUUUGUCUGAAUCCUAAAACAAACCUUUGCCAGAAAAUAAGAGUCACUCAGGGGAAAGGAUUAAUGCCGGAUGGCACUAGCAGAUUUACCUGCAAAGGAAAGUCAAUUUUUCACUUCAUGGGAACUAGCACGUUUUCCGAGUACACAGUUGUGGCUGACAUCUCUGUGGCUAAAAUUGACCCUUCGGCCCCUUUGGAUAAAGUCUGCCUUCUCGGCUGUGGCAUCUCCACUGGCUACGGAGCUGCCGUCAACACUGCCAAGGUCGAGCCCGGUUCUACCUGUGCAGUCUUCGGCCUGGGCGGAGUUGGCCUGGCGGUGAUCAUGGGCUGCAAAGUAGCUGGUGCGUCCCGGAUCAUUGGUGUCGACAUUAAUAAAGAUAAAUUCGCAAAGGCCAAAGAAUUUGGAGCCUCUGAAUGUAUCAGCCCCCAAGAUUUCAGUAAACCCAUCCAGGAAGUCCUCAUUGAGAUGACAGAUGGGGGAGUGGACUACUCCUUCGAGUGUAUUGGCAACGUGAAGGUCAUGAGAUCAGCCCUUGAGGCAGCCCACAAAGGCUGGGGUGUCAGUGUGGUGGUUGGUGUAGCUGCUUCAGGUGAAGAAAUCUCCACUCGUCCAUUCCAGCUGGUGACGGGACGCACGUGGAAAGGCACUGCCUUUGGAGGAUGGAAGAGUGUGGAGAGUGUCCCAAAGCUGGUGUCUGAAUAUAUGUCCAAAAAGAUAAAAGUGGAUGAAUUCGUGACUGGCACUCUGUCCUUCGACCAAAUUAACAAAGCCUUUGAUCUGAUGCACUCAGGCAAAAGCAUUCGAACUGUUCUGAAGAUGUAAAUUCUGAAGAGAACACUGUCCAUCCUGCACUCUUUCCUGUGAUUGGAUAGAAUCAGACGGGAUUUACAAGCUAACCGCCUCUUAGACUUCAGAAACGACUAGAAGGAAUGUGUGUAAUCUCGGCUGUAAUCAUGAACAAGGCAAAUAAGUCAUCGUGGUUUUCUGAACCAUCCACAUAAAUAAUUGCUGCUCAUCAAUGCAACAUUUUAACAUAAUAAAAAUACUUUCUGCA